AUGCUCAAGGCAGCUAUUAAUGCAGUACCCAGCAACUGUCUAUGCAUUAAAAUGGCGGCAGUGCCAACCUGUACUCUUGGUGCAAUUCCAGAUCUUAUGGCGACAGCGAACUGGGAUGUACUCAAAGUCAAGAAUUCAAGUGAAGCCUGAUGAGGUUUUGGCUGCUUUUCUGUGGUUAAAAUGGAGGUAUCCAGCAAUGUCCUUUGGAUCCAAGGAUCCAUGGGCAUUCCUCGACCGAGAAAUUUUUGGGUACCAGCCUAGGCCACAAGGGAGUAGUCUUUUCCCUGUACUAUUGAAGGAAGACACUUCAAAACCCGAUACCAAGAAGCUGAUCCACGGAACAUGGCCACAGAAAUACAUGCACAUAAGACUAAAACCGCAAGAUAAGAAGGAGAACAUAACAUUUAGGAAGUGGCAUCCGUUUUCGGGGGAAAGACCCUCUGAGCUGGAGUUAAAAAGUGGUAGAACCUCAGAAUUGGAGUUUUUUGGUGACUGUAUAAUCAAUAUUGCUUAUGCCUGACUUUAUUUAACCUAACCUAACCUGGCAACUGUCUCAUGCAGAGUUAUAGAGCCAACCCGAGUCAUGGUAUUCACCAACCAAGACCUUGACGCUUUACUCGUCGACUUCCCCAAGCUGAAGAAAAAAAUCGAAGCCCAAAAGCUUGAAAUGCAAGUCUGGGACAAUUUCCGACAAGAAUACCUCAGAAAGCAAAUCCCUCUGGACUACUCCAAAUGCUUCAAAUACGAUAA